AUGCUUAUCCUGCUGCUGAUGCCGCUGCUGCAGCAACAGCAGCAGCAGCAGCCGCUACUGCAGCGCGGUCAGCACCCAGGAUCUGACAAUAUGGCCCAAGCAUUGCUGCUGCAGCAGCAAAACCUGCAGCAGCAGCAGCAGCAACACAGUGCGGCAGGGAGUGGCGACUGCAGCAGCCCUGCAGCAGACGCAACAGCCUGCGGUUCUGCUGCUGCUGUUCCUGCUGCUGGUGCUCCUGCUGCUGCUGCUGCCUCGUUAGAAGCAACAUAUUCUUCUGAAGGGCCCACAGCAACAUCAGCAGCAGCAAAAGUAGCGUUCCCAGCAGCAGCAGCCACCGCAGCAGCGCCCGCAUCAUCAGCAGCCACAGCCACAGCAGCCACAGCAGCAGCAGCAGCAGCAGCAGCAGCAGCAGCAGGAAGGGAGAGAGGCGUGUGGCUGUCUCCUUUGCAGUGUGUCUCCGUUGAUGUCUGGUGGAGCACUGUGCUUUACUUCGUCCCGUCUCUCUUGUUUGUUUUUGUUUUUUUGCUGCUGGGAGCCUUUGCGUGGCAGCUGCAUGCAGCAGCAACGCUGCAGCGCAGCAGCAGUAAAGCAGGACCUGCUGCAGCGCUUUCUGCUGCUGCUGCAGGUAUUACAGCCUUCAUUCUUGCCGCAGCAUUCAGCUACAGACAGGCCUCACAACACCUCUUCCAAAGGCUGGCGUGUAUGAUAGUCGGGGGGCUGUAUGUGUUUACUGCUUUGCUGCUGCUGCUGUUUGGGGGUUUGGUGCUGCGAGAGCUGCGAAAGAGGGACGCGCUGCUGCGGCAGCCGUUGCUGCAGCUGCAGGAGCAGCAGCAGCUGCAGCAGCAGCAGUUGCUGCAGCAGCAGCUGCUGCAGCAGGAGAUUGCUGCGGCUCAAAGUUCAUCCGGGUCUCCUUUAGGAGAUUAUUUGCUGCUGCAGAACGAUUGUGCUCAGCAGCAGCAGCAGCAGCAGCAUCGCAGCAGCAGAAGCUGCAGCAGCAUUCAUUCAAUGCAGAUGCCGCUUGCUGCAGCUGCUGCUGCUGCAGCAGCAGCAGCUGCUGCUGCUGCAGGAGCUCCCCCGCCUCCCAUUGACAGCAGCAGCAGCCUAGACCGGCUGGGGAGGGAAGCAAGAUUGCGGCUGCUGCUGCUAACUUGCUGCUGCCCCCCGCUGCUGCUGCUGCUUGGAGUGUAUCUGCUGCUGGUGGGUGUGUCUGGUCAACACCCCUAUCCUGCUGCAGUUGUGAAGCACCAGCAGCAACUUACUUUUGAUUUGCUGCUGCUGUUCUUAGCGGAGCUGCUGCCGUCUUUAGUUGUCUACAAGGCCUUCACCCCUAACAGCAGCAGCAGGAGCAGAAGCAGCAGCAGCAGCAACAGCAGCAGCAGCAAAAGCACACCCCACGUCUGCCGCACCUACUCCUAUGAAUACCCACAAACUCUAUGGGCUGCUGCAGCCGGCAGCAGCAGCACAGGCGCUAGGGUGUACCCGCAGCAGCAGCAGCAGCAGCAGCAGCAAAGGUCCUUAAGUUCAUUCCCGCCACAGUGGGGGGCCCUGCAGAUACUGCAGCAGCAGCUGCAGCAGCAGCAGCAAGAAACGGAUUCGUCUUGCCCCAGCAGCAGCUGCGAUAACCCGUGCAGCAGCAGCGGCAGCAACGACCAGGCCUGCAGCAGCAGCUGCAGCAGCAGCAUCUGCAGCAGCAGCCGCUGCAGCAGCAGCCCCAGCAGUGCAGGUGUCUCACGUUCCUUCGGGCCUUUCGAAGCAACAGCAAGAGAUUCAUUUGCUUAA